GGAUGUGGUCGACUUCGAGAUCAGGAUUGCAAAUGCAACAGAUCUACCAGAACAGCGAAGGGACGAGGAAUUUACGUACAACAAGUUGACGGUGGCAGAGCUGUCCACAAAUGCCACAGACAAGAUUGACUGGAGGCGUUACCUGGAGACCCUGUGUCGCCUAGGUAACGCCCGGGUGCCAAAUGUGGUAGUUGUGGAAGCAAUAGACUAUAUGCGGAAACUGGGAGAUAUUUUGCAAGAGACGCCACCUAGAACCAUUGCCAACUAUCUUGUCUGGAGAGUGUUGAAAAAUCUUGUAAUUGCUUUACCAAAGGAGUUUCAACAGCUACAAGAAAAAUUCAAAUAUGCGGUAGAUGGCACCACCCGUAUGUAUAGCAGGUGGUAUAGAUGUGUCACUCUCGUCAACGACAAUAUGGGUUUGGCAGUCGGGAGGUUAUUCGUGGAGAAAUAUUUUGAUGAGGAAUCCAAAACGGAGGCAUUGGACAUGAUUCACAAAAUCCGAAACGCAUUCGUGAAUAAUGUGAAAGAAUCGGUCUCGUGGAUGGACGAAAAGACCAAAGAAGUGGCCACAGAAAAGGCGGCAACAAUGUUAGAGAAGAUCGGCUAUCCACCUUAUGUACUGAACAACAAAGAAUUAAACGCAAACUACGAGCAGUUGACCAUCAGCGCGGACAAUUAUUUUGAAAACAUGUUGGCUUGUUUUCGGCAUACUGCCAUCCAUGAUUUAAAGCAGCUAUCGUUGACACCUAACAGAACUAGAUGGGAAGACAUCAACAUCGUGAUGGUAAAUGCUGCGUAUUCCCCCAACAAAAAUCAAAUUUUGUUUUCAGCUGGGAUGCUACAGCCGCCUUUUUAUAGUAAAUAUUAUCCAAGGUCAAUGAACUUUGGCGGCAUAGGUAUGGUGAUCGGACAUGAAAUCACACACGGACUUGACGACCAGGGUCGUCUUUACGAUAAAAAUGGCAACUUGAGGGAAUGGUGGGAUGAAACAACGUCGGAACGCUUUAAGGAAAAAGCAAGAUGUUUCAUCGAGCAAUAUGGAAAUUACACAGUGGAAGAUGUCAAUAUGAAGAUCAACGGUAAGCUUACGCAAGGGGAAAAUAUUGCCGAUAAUGGCGGGUUAAAACAAGCCUUUCAAGCGUACAGAAACUGGGUCAGUAAGCGUGGGCAGGAAGAGGAGAGACUGCCGGGAUUGAACAUGAGUCACAAUCAAAUUUUUUUCCUCAGUUUUGCACAUAUGCUAUGUGGUCAUCAGCGUCCCAAGUCCACUGUGGACCAGAUUAGAACGGACACUCACACCACCUUAAAAUACAGGUAA